AUGAAAAAUAUUUUAAUUCUAUGCCUCUCUUUUGUAUUUACGACUGCAACUACGAAAGAUUCGAAAAUGAUAUUAACAGAAAUUGAUUCUUAAAGAACAGGAAGAAUUUUCUUGAAUGCCAUUUAAGUUGGCUUAGCAACUGGAUCACCUGUUCAUGAAAUUUAGAGUUAUAUUAACAAUAUCAGGUAUUCAAAUAGUUUAUAACGCUUACAGAUUCAUGAUUGAGUAAGAGUAGAAGGAUGCUGACUUAUUUAUACAAAAUACUGAAGCCUCUUGUAAUAGGUUGCUUCACGAUUUUGCAACAAAUCUUGCAUAUCAUCAAUAAUAGUUUAAGGCACAUUCCAAAAUAAUUGAAGUAGAUUUGCUGAUAUAUACUAGGAAAACACAAGAAAUUUAGAGAAAUCCUUGAACAAAAUUGCAGAAGUAUCGGUUGAGAUUGAGGAGAACCAAAGAAAAACAAACGAAGGACAAAGUGAGAGAGAUUUGCAAUACUCUGAAUUUUAAUCGAAAUAAAAGGAUCACAUAGAAUCAAUAACUGCUAUAGAUGAAGCCUAUUCGUUGGUCGAACAUCUCUCAAGUGGAUCCUCAUUCAUCCAAGUAAAAGGCAGGUUCACGAAGGUUCUUUCUAGAUUAUAAAAGUAAAUCAUUUUUAUAUAUAAAGAUAGUCAGUCAACAUCAGCAGGACUCUUAUUUUAGCCAAUUAUCUCAAUGAUGACAUAAAUGAGUUCCAAGGCUGAUAAUGAGUAAGCAAAGAAGGUUCUUUAAUUAUUGGCUAAUUUAAGAGUUCAAAUUGUGGAGAGCAAAUCAUAAGAUGAGGAUAUUGAAAAGCAAUAAGUUUAGAAUUGGCAAAAAUUUUUAUCAGAUUUAAUUAAUGAAAGAAAUACAUUGUAAGAUUAAAGGUAGAACUUAGAAUAAGCUAUCUUAAAUUAUUAAAGCAUUAUAGAAGAAUCUGAGGGAAAAGUUGAGUAUCACUCAGCAGAAGUGGAUAGAAAUUAAGUAAAUAAAAAAUAAAUAUAUUAGAGUAAUUUGGAUGGUCAAGAUUAAUGGUGUCGACAAUAAUAAGAGAUUUAUUCGAUGGAAUCAUAAUAAAGAGUCCAAUCACUCGAUUUAAUUUCAAGAAUUGUUGAUCAUAUUUAGGAUAAAAUUGUAACACUUAAAGAAUAUUUAAGAGAAAGAUUACAAAUAAGAUGA